AUGCGGCGGCGCGCGCGGCUGCGGCGGUGCAGCUCCAGCAAUCCACCGUACAAGCUGGCGGCAAGGGCUCGCCAGGAGCGGGAAACCGCAAAUGCAGGAAAUGACGACGCACGUAACUCGACCAAGCGCGCACGAAGGCGGUGUUUGCCGGGUAGGCGACCCACGGUUGUGUCAGGUGUACGGCAAAAGGGCAUGGCUAAGGCCACUCGUCAGAAGGUCGGCUCGGCCGCUGCAGCGGCGGCGGCGGAAGCCAGCGGGCGCGGCGCUGCCGCGGCGGAGGCGGCGGCGGUGGCAGCGCGUACGGCAAGGGAGACGGAGGCGAGGGAGCGAGCGGAGGCCAGUCGCGCGAGGUUGGAGAAGCUUCAGGCACAACAAGACGAGGCGGCCAAGGCGGCCGCCGCCGCGAAGGCAGCAGCCGCUGCCAAGGCGGCGGCGGCGGCAGCCGCCGUUGCCGCUGCCGCGCCAGCGGCGGCUACCGCCGCCGCCGCUGCUGCAGCUGCUGACGCCCGUGCUGUGCCCUCGGCGAGUAGCAGCCCCAGUCCCCAUGCCGGUGGCGGUAUUGCUACUGCUACUAUUGCUGCUACCGCUGGUGGUGGUAGCGGUGGUACCAGUGGUAGCGGUGGUAGCGAACUGGCCCCGCUUGGGAGGGGAGACCGGGUACAUUGUCAUGUGUGCAGGUUCGUACGGCUGCCACGUGCUGUUAUCUUCGCCAUGAAAAGAAAUAGCAAGGAUAUGCUGGAUGCCGAGUACGAGGCGGCACUCGAAGCGGAUCGCCAGCGGGCGGCGGAGGCGGCGGCAGCGGAGGCGGCAGCGGAGGCGGCAGCGGAGGCGGCGGAGGCGGCGGAGGCGGAGCGGAAGAAGCGAUUGGUGGAGCUGCGGGGGAGGUUGCGGGAGUCGUUACCGGACGAGCCGAGCCGGGAGGACGAGACUGCGGUACUGGUCCGUGUACGGCUGCCGGACGGCAGUAGCCAUACCCGGCGCUUCACUGCGGAGGCGCCCGUACGGCAGAUUCGGGACUGGCUCCAAUCCCUGGAGUCAUUGCCCCUUUGGGAACCCGGCCAGUGGAGCCUGGUGAACAGCUACCCAAGGAGGGUUCUGGGCAGAGAGGGUGGUGGUGAGGGCGAGGAGGGUGGUGUGGAAACGGUGUCUUCGGUCGCCAACGGAGCCAAGCAGAUUGCGCUGUUCGUGCAGGAGAAUUGAGAGGUCGCAUAGCCCUCAGUUUUAAAUAGCGAAUUGUUCCGCGAUGUGGGGGAGUGAACUGGGAAAUGAGGAAUUGGCCACAAAGCGAACACAGCUAAGCGAAUGAAACUAUGCGGAUAGCGGGGGAGGGCGCAGGAGGAGGAGCAGCAAAUGGGCGCGUGCAGGAUGUUGAGGAGGAGGAGGAGGCAGCAAUAGGAAGAGGGAUGGCUCGUCCGCCGUGGCGGCGAUUUGCGUUGUGUAGCGUCACGUUUGGGUUGUGAAGAGGAUGUUCGGAAAUGGUUUAGUUUUGGGGGCAGGACUGUUUACUUCCGGUUGCAGUGUAAAAUAUACCAAAUC